CCUCCUGCAGCCGUAGCAGUCGUCGGUUUCUUUCUUUCACUCUCGCCGGUACGCGGCGUAAUGCCGUCUCUAGGUCACGGUCUCGACCGUUCGUGGGGGGCACACAGCAUCCCCAUUUGGGGGUACUUGACAUCUUCACUAUAUAACAUGCACGGUUCGGGGGUACAUGUCAUAUCGGUGCGGUAAACCAACAAGAGUUCAUCGUGCAUUGGCGAGCCGGACUCUAAAUGGCUUCCAAAUACUUUAUUGUUUUGGUCAUACCGGCACUGAUUGCCUACUGUGCGGCCACAUUCGGUAAAGAACAUGUACACAUAAGAAUCCACGUACCAGAAGGCGGAGGCGAUCACCACCACAAAGAAGUGAUUGUUCAUGAUCAUGGUGGCGGAGGAGGCGGCGGCUACGGAGGCGGAGGAGGUUAUGGCGGUGGCGGUGGUCAUGACGACCAUCACGGAGGCGGAGGCGGUUUUGGAGGUGGUUUUGGCGGCGGUUUCGGCGGCGGAUUCGGAGGUGGCGGCGGCCACGAUGAUCACGACCACCACGGUGGAUUUGGAGGAGGAGGAGGUGGUGGUUACGGAGGAGGCGGUGGCCAUGGAGGCGGCGGAGGAGUCGCGCACACCAUUGUCUUAGCCAGCGGCGGAGGAGGAGGUUACGGAGGAGGUGGCGGAGGCUACGAUGAUCACCACGGCGGUGGUGGCGGAGGAGGAGGUUACGGAGGUGGUUUUGGAGGCGGAUUCGGAGGUGGAUUUGGCGGCGGCCAUGACGAUCACCACGGCGGUGGCGGUGGAGGUGGUUACGGAGGAGGCGGCGGAUUCGGAGGUGGAUUCGGAGGAGGACAUGACGAUCACCACGGAGGUGGCGGAGGAGGAUAUGGAGGUGGUGGUGGAUACGGAGGCGGAAGUGGUUUCGGAGGUGGAUUAGGAGGCGGACACGACGACCAUCACGGUGGUGGUGGUGGAGGAUAUGGAGGCGGAGGCGGCGGUGGAUAUGGAGGCGGCGGUGGAUAUGGAGGAGGUGGCGGUGGCCAUGGAGGAGGUGGUGUAAUUCAUCUUCAUGGUGGUGAUCCGUUGCCAUCAGGCGGCGGCGGAGGUUACGGAGGAGGUGGAGGCCACGGAGGUGGCGGAGGAUACGGAGGCGGAGGUGGAUACGGAGGCGGACAUGACGAUCACCACGGAGGUGGUGGCGGAGGCGGAUACGGAGGAGGCGGCGGAUUUGGUUAUGGAGGCGGCGGCGGCUUCGGUGGUGGUCACGAUGACCAUCAUGGCGGUGGCGGCGGCAGCGGAGGAUACGGAGGUGGCGGAGGAGGAGGAUAUGGAGGCGGUUUCGGAGGCGGAUUCGGAGGUGGACAUGACGAUCACCACGGAGGCGGUGGAGGCGGAGGAUACGGAGGUGGCGGUGGAUACGGAGGAGGUGGUGGACAUGGAGGAGGAGGUGGAUACGGAGGCGGAGGUGGAUACGGAGGUGGAGGUGGAUAUGGAGGAGGCGGCGGCGGUGGCCAUGGCGGCGGCUGGGAUUAAAUCGUCUCUCCUUUUCAAAGUACCUCUCAUCAUCUUACAAGUCUGUGUCACCU